GUUGGAACGCGUGGUGGUGAGCCGCUCGCGAACAACACUACCGGCGGUGUGUCCUGACUCCGCUUCUUCGGUGCCCAGUGCGCCGCUCGUGACUGCCGCCCUGCCCCAGAAAUGUGUUCUCGGUGUUUCUGAGUGAGUGCUCUCGCGUGUGAUCCCCAAGGAAAAAUGUCUAAGGAUAGGAGCAAAGACGCAGAGGCGUAUGACCGGGAAUAUGAUGCGUUUCUCAAGCAGCUUGAGGAGUUUCAUCAGCAGAGGGGGACGCCCUUCAAGCGGCUCCCCCGCAUCAACGGCAAGGGAGUGGACCUGUACCUGCUCUACGUGGUGGUGACGGCGCGCGGCGGCUGGCAGAAGGUCAUUGCUCGUUGCGAAUGGGACGAGCUCCUUGAAGAUUUCCGCCUCCCAGCUGCUUGUGUGAAUUCUGCCACGGCGCUGAAACAUAUUUAUAUUAGAUACCUUGAUGCAUAUGAGCGUAUCAAUUUUCUUGGCGAAGAUGGCGAAGAACGUGGGACAGAGAUGGACGACGGGGAAGACUCCCGAUCCAUGCGAGCCAAACGUACAAUCAGAUCUCUUAACACUGUGCCUCUCUCAUAUAACCACCAACAGCACAAUGUUGUAGAAGCUAUCAGAGUUGGUGCUGGACUGUCUUCUGCACUAUACAGGCCUUCUCCAUAUGAUAAGCUCGCACUUUCCCUCAUCUCGCCGAUGCCCAAUGAGCAUGACUUUGCCUUCAAUGUGUGCACCAUAUUGAGCAACGAAGGACGCCAUGUUCUGCAGCUUGGUCAGUGCCCACGAUUGGUGGAGCACAUGCUAGCCCAUGCUGGUGUAUACAGAGACUGGGAAACGCAGAAGUAUUUCUUGACAAACUACAAAGAAGCAAAAGGCCGGAGCCUAGUGCAGUUCUGGAUUGAUUCAGUGGAAGAUCGUACAGUGUUAGACUUGCUGACGCCCGAGAGUUUCGAGAAAAUCAGUAGUCGAGCUUUGGACACUAGCAAGACAGUUGAAUUGGAAGAAAAUAAUGGUGCUAUAAAUAAUAAUAUUGCCCAUAAUCUUAACAGUGAUAUUUUGGAAACUUUAAAUAAUAAGGAAAAUUUUGUACUUGAAGGAACCAGUGAUUUCUUAAUAAAUGAUUCCUGUCUACUAAGUGAAUCAAAAUCAGACUUAGUGAAAUCAGUGAGUAGUGGAAGCAGAGAAGCAUUUGAUGAAAGUGACAAAUUAACAAGUGAAGAAGCACAGCUUUCAAAGAAGGACUUGUUAUUAAGAAGAUUAGAAAAGGUUUUAGAGAUUGAAGGUAGUGACUUAAAGUUGGGAAAGGAAGAUGCAGAACUAUUUCAUCUGGGAAGAGAUCUUGGACAGCAGGAUGGAGAGGGGACGCGGAUCAGCCAGAUCCUGCAUAUCAUCCGUAACUUAUCCUUUGAGGAGCAUAAUGUCUCUUCCCUAGCCAGGUCUCAGACAUGCCUCAGGUUCUUAGUUUUGUGUAUGUGUUCACAAUGGGGUGGACUUGCAGUGAAUGCUCUGGAUACCUUGGGUAACAUUGCACCUGAAGUUUCUCUGCGGGAUCCAAAGAUUGACUCUUGUACAGCAUCAUUGCUAACUCACAUCUGCAAUGGUGUGUCCUCUCCAGAUCGAGCAUUUGUUCUCAGGUCUCUGGAGGUCCUCAACAAAUUAGCCAUGAAUGAUCCCAAUGAGGAAAUUCUCAAUAACAAUAUUGAUCCUGCUGUGUAUGGACAAAUAUGUAGAUAUCUUACCAUCCAUGACAUCAUGCUGCUAAUUUACACCUUAGAAUGUCUAUAUUCUCUGUCAUCUCUGGGAACACCUGCUUGCAAUGCCAUUGUCCGUGCAAAAGGGUCUAUACACACACUUAUAUCCUUAUUGACGGUUGAAGCCCAAAGUUACGGACCAGAAGCUUGUAUUGGAAUGAAGGUUGUGGAGACAGUUACUGGUGUAGUGAGUGAGCCAGAGCCUGCAAAUCCACCACCACCCACACCGGCUGUGACACCAAACCUGCCAACUCCUACGAUCACAGUGCAGACGGGUACUGUUGUCCCAGCCACAGCCAUAGCUGUUGCUGCUCCUGCACCACCGGCUGUGCAGCAGGUCACUCCAGUCACCCCUAAACCUCCUAUCACACCUAUUACAGGGGACCCAAAGAAAAUAGCUAGCAGAAUUGUUCCUCCUGAUGUUGAAGAGUUUGUAAUGGAAUGGGUAACAAAAAAUUACGAAGCUGCUCCAGGGAAAGCCAUUGAACAGGCGAUUGUUUAUCGUCAUUUUGCAGCUUCAAUGCAAUCCUUGGGUCGUAAACAAGGCUUGAAUCCAGUCCUAUUAUCAAACUGUGUCCGGAAAGUUUUUGGAACUGGUGUUGGACCAAGUCGAAGACCGGUGGAUGACGGUGCAGAAAAAUGGCAUUAUAAUGGUAUCAGGAGACGUGAUGGUGUAGUAGUUCCACCUGUACCCGAUAAGAAAAAGGGAGGAAGAAUAACAACAGGGACUGUUCCAAUGUACAGUCCCACACCAGUCUUGCCAGCCAUUAACACUGUCGGUAGCCAGGUGUCAGUACCUCUGACUGGUUCAACAGCACAGAUAGUCACUGUAUCCGCUCAAUCUGACGGCAUUGUGUCCCCAUCGUCGCCUAUCCUGAAGGCCCAGCUAUCUGCACCCCUCAGACCGUCCCCACCUCCACCUCAGCCUGUUGUAAGAGGAACUCAGGCCAUGGUGACUGGUACCAUGCCUCAGGGUGUGUUUAGCAGUCCACAGCAGCAACAAUCCCAACAGCAGUCUCCUCAGCAACCUCAGCAAACCAACAGAUCAGAUAAUUCAGCCCUUAUCAAGAGUCUUUUGGCCAACAAGGUAACUCCUGUCGGAGUAGGUCAGGCAGGCAGCAUGGACCCACUCCACCCCCACCAGUCUCCCCACCCACGGCCCCUCCUAGUUUCCACAGCACCUCAACAACAGCCCAGGGCAACAGGGAGUGCAGGAUCCUAUGUCCAGGCACUAUCUCAGGGUCCUCCAGGACCUCUGGGUACCAUGCUCACUCAGACAAGCAUGAGCUCUAGCCCUGGGAUGCAGGUUGUGGCUGGGGGUUUGGUAGGGGGUCUGGGUGGCCAGUAUGGAACACACCAGCCACCAGUAUCACCAGCACAGGUGUCAAGAAACCUGCAGAAACAGCAGUUACAACAGCAACAAGUAGAUAACAGCCAAGACAGCAGCAGUGACUCUCAAGUCAGAAAAACCUCAUCUUUUAAUGGGAUUUGUAAUGAGAUUAAAAGAUGUGAAGAUGACUCAAAUUCCUUCUUAUCAUCUACUCUUAAUGACAAAAAGGUAACAAGUUUUGAAGGAAUUCUACAAAAUGGAUUAAAAUCAGAGAUUGAUGUGAAAGAAGAGGAGGUGAACGAUGUCUCAGAGACCAAAGUAAAGAAAAAUGUGUUAGCUGAUCUGCUUGAAAAGACAGUUGGGGGAGACAUACUGAAUGGUGUGGUUGAUAGAGACUUGAGAAUCAGUGACAAGGGUCUAGAGUUUGUUAAUCAUGGACAGCAAGUGAAAGUAAAUGGUCCAGUGGCCACAAAUGGACAGUCUAGUAAUGAAUCGACCCAGGGGGGCAUUAAGAGACCUGCAACUCCUGAUAAUGCUCCAGCAAAGAGAAUUGCUAUCGAAGACCCAAGAGGAGCUCCUGGCAUGGAUAGCCGAAUAACAUUAUAUGUCAGUCAGAAUGGAAGUGAGAGUGGUGAAGUUAUAUCUCAGGGUCACCAGGUGGUUUUGAGUCAAGGACAGCAGGCUCCUUCGGUGAAUCCUAACCAACCACAACAGAUGGUUGUAAGUCAAGCUGUGCUUGCUGGGCAGCAAGUGGGUACAACUCAGACGAUGGUAACACCUCAAGGUCAGGUGAUUCUCCAGCGACCAAGCACACAGACUGGAGUCAUUGUGCAGCAAGGUGGGCAGAUCCUGACACAAGGAGCAGCUGCGGGGCAAGUUAUUCAACAAGUCAUCCAACAGGGACAGUCGGGACCACCACAGAAAGUGAUCCUCCAUCAGGGUCAGCUUGGGCAGGUGCUGGGUGGGCAAGUUAUUCUUUCGCAAGGUAGUGGUGGCCAACACCAAGUGAUGGUGCAAGGAGGUAAUAAUAUUCAGGGACAAGUGAUAAUGCAGGGUGUACCACAUUGUCAGGGACAAGUGUUUGUGCAAGGAAGUAAUGCGCAAGGCCAAUUUGUUGUGAGUGGGAAUCAGAAUCAAACUGUAGUGGUUCCUGGAACACAAGGACAACAGCAAGUUGUAGUGUCUAGUGCGCAAGGGCAGACUAUGAUCGUUGCAGGAAAUCAAGGUCAGCCUGUUGUAGUAAGUGGUCAGCAAGGAGGAAGUGGGCAAGUGGUGGUGCCAGGAAAUGUUGGAGGUACAGUCCUGCUAGCACCUCAGCAACAGGGGUCCACAGCGAAGACACUUAUAAUUUUACCCAACCCAAAGAUGGUUAUCUCUGGUAACCAGCACCAAGGGGGCCAGGGCCAACAGCUGGUGCUACCGAGACAAGUGGCUGGUCAGCAAGUUGUGCAGGUAGUUUCGUCGGGAACUACGGUACCUGUUGCUACUGUAACCAGUGCUAUGAGAACAGUCAGGGCAGCCACACCAAUAGCAGAUAUGCGUGCCACACCAACUCCUCCCCCUGUCCAGUUUCAGAGUAAUAAUAGUAACAGUAAUAGUAAUAACAUCAGUAGUAGUUCAACUACGGCAGUGUACAGUGUUCAGACACCAGCUUCCUUACCUGCUGCCAUAGCACCUGCCCCAGCAGGUCCUACAGCUGUCCCAGUGUCUCAGACCUCUGUGAGUCAGGGGCCACAGACACCCCACGUUCCUGCCCCGCAGGUGCUCUCCUCAGGUGUUGCAAGGCGCCCAGGAAAUCCUAGUGGCUUACAGUACAUAUGUGAAUGGCGGGGGUGCAACCAAGUGUUCAGCAGUGCAGGCCAAGUAUAUCAUCAUGCAUGUAAAGUGCACUGCCCUCCUCACAUCCCUGAAAUACAGUGUGGAUGGUCUGGAUGUGAUACCAUGACAAGAAGGAGAUUUAGUGCCAUGACGCAUCUUCACGACAGACACUGUAAUGAGCAGUUAUUACAGAUCUUGGCAGUUAGACGGUCACAAUUAGCUGCUACGGGAAAGACGGAGAUACCCAUCCCUCAAGCACCCCCACCCCAUCCGGGAUAUGCACCUAAUGCUGCCUUCCAUGCCAUCAAAAGACACGCUCUCGAAGUUAUCAACCAGAGAGAUGCGGUGGAAAAAGAAGGGCCUGUAACAAAAAGUAUUCGAUUAACCUCAGCUCUGAUCCUGAGAAACCUAGUCAUAUACUCUAAUACCGGGAAAAAGUUAUUGCGAGGCUUUGAGUCUGAGCUAGCAAAUGUCGCCCUUAGUACAAUGGAGUCAUCACGAACAGUGGCCCAGAUCCUCUACGACAUCCGCCUUCCUGAUCAUCAGGGCAUUUAAACUGCCAGAUUCAUCCAUGGACUUUUUAAAUACCUAUUGAACCCUUACACUCAUGAGUUAAGUGGAAUUAACAGUCCUGAAGAAAAUAAACGGCUGUUAUUUUGACUUAAUUGUGGGGAGACCGCUCUGAGGGCCAACACAAGUGUUCAAUGCUAUCCACAGUAUGGUGUGUAAAACUUGCUGUUCACUAAAGUUGAGUGGUUUUGAGUGCGAUUAAAUGUCAUACAAGAAGGAGUCCAAAAACUUGGGCACAUUAAGCAGUGCAAUUAUUAAAUAUUCUUUCAUUAAAUUGCUUACAAUGAUGGGUAGUUGAGUAAGAAUGAGCGUUAUUUAUUUUGUAUUGUGCCAGUGACUAGGUGGAAGUUGAAAUCCUUGCUUGUCAGAGACCUGCCUUGUAGUUUCUCAUUCCUUAUGUUAGAAAUUUGCAUUUAGGUCAUUGAUAUCAUUGUAUGGAAGUCAAACUCUGUGGUAUCAUUUUUACUAUUUA